AUGAGUGAGCUACUGGAGAAGAAGAAGAGUUCCGCUCACAUCCCACAAUUGUCUAGUGGAAAGUCUAAAAGCUCGAAAUUUCAGGACAUAAUAAAAGGAUUAUUCUUUGAUGCUGUGAUUUUAUUUGCAAAUAGUCCUAGUAUUGUUGUUGUUGCUCCCCAUGCUAAUCAAUUUGUUGAUGGAGCAAUCAUCCUUUCAAGAAUAAGAGCCGUUGCAAAUAGAAACUCAUCUUCUGUUAUUGCAGAAGCGUCAUAUAAGAGAAGAUUUAUUGGAUUUUUAGCCAAAUUAGCUAACUCAAUUCCUGUUCCAAGAGCACAAGAUAAUUUAAAAUUUGUUGAAGGUGAAAUUUAUGCUAAAGAUGGUGAUUUGAAAACUAUUCAUGGUAAGGGUACUAGAUUUACCAAAUUCACUGCAAAAGGUCUUUUAGGAUUACCACAAUCAGCUGGUAAUUCAGUAAUUGAAGAAAUCAAAAAUGAUGAAGAAUUGAUCUUGCGUAAACCUUUCAAAGGUGAAAAAGCUGAAAACUUAUUAUCAAAAGGUACAAAAUUCAAAUAUGCAGAUAAAGUUGAAAAUGAUGUUACUUUCCAAAAUGUUUUUGAACAUUUACAUAAAGGUGGUAAUAUCAAUAUUUUCCCAGAAGGUGGUAGUCAUGAUAGACCAGAUUUAUUACCGAUUAAAGCUGGUGUUUCCAUUAUGGCGUUAGGUGCAGCUGCAGCUGAUCCAACUUGUAAAAUCAAGAUUGUUCCAACUGGGUUAAAUUAUUUCCAUAGAAAUGAAUUUAGAUCAAGAUCUGUUGUGGAAUUUGGUGCUCCAAUUGUCAUUGGUAAAGAACAAGGUGAAGCUUAUGAAAAAAAUCCACGUGAAGCUGUUGGUAAAUUAUUAGAUGAAAUCACUACUGCUUUACGUAGUGUUACAUUAACUGCUCCAGAUUAUGAUACAUUGAUGGUUAUCCAAGCGGUUAGAAGAUUGUAUGUCAAGAAGGCUCCAUUAUCAUUGGUUGUUGAAAUGAAUAGAAAGUUUUUAAAAGGUUAUUUGACAUAUAAAGAUGAUCCAAGAGUUAGUCAUUUGAAAGAUUCAGUGCUGGAAUAUAAUAAAAAAUUGGAGGUACUAGGUUUAAAAGAUCAUCAAGUCGAAUUGGCUGUUAAACAUCCAUUGGAAAGUUUAGUGAUUUUGAUUGUAAGAUUGUUCAAAUUAGCAUUCUUUGGUGCUUUAUCUCUACCAGGUACUAUUUUAUUCUCUCCAAUUUUCUUUACAACUGAUCAUAUUUCAAGAAAGAAACAGAAAGAAGCAUUGGCUGGUUCUGUUGUCAAGAUCAAAGCAGUUGAUGUUAUUGCUACAUGGAAGAUUAUUAUCGCUACAAUUGCUGCUCCUGCUUUGUACAUUACUUAUUCUAUCAUUGGUACUUGGUUAUCUUUAAGUUACAAUAUAUUUGGUGCUAAAUCAUACCCUAAUCUUUUGGUUUUCAUUGGUAUUUAUGCAUUAUUAAUCUCUACUACAUAUGCGGCUUUUAGAAUUGGUGAAAUUGGUAUGGAUAUUUUCAAAUCAUUACCACCUUUAAUCUCAUCCGUUUUUGGCUCUGAAAAGGAAUUAUUAGCAUUGAAAGAAACCAGAGAAAGAUUAUCAUUAGAAAUCACUGAAGUUGUAAAUGAACUAGGUCCAAGUGUUUUCCCAGAUUUUGAAGAUUUCCACAGAAGACAUCUCGAUCAAUUAUCUGAGGAAAUUAGAAAAGAAGAAGAAGCAAGAUAUGCUAAGAUCAAAGCAAGAAGAGCAUCAAGAAAGGAAAGAACCGAAUCAGGAGAAAAAGAAAACCGUUCAAGAUCAGCCUCUGCCUCAUCAACUGGAUCAAGUGUUUCUAAUGCUUUAUCAAGAGUCGGUUCAGAAGAUAAUUUCUUUUCUGAUAUUCCAAUUUUAGGUGAUGGUGGAUACGGUGGAAGCUCAACACCUAGUGAACAUGAAAGUGAUUCAAAUCAAUAUAGUAAUAUUAAAGAGAUUACUGGAUCCUCUGCUACAAGUGAAGAAGCUAGUGCUAAGUUGAGAAGAGCUAUGAGAGAGAAACAAGGCGGGUUUCAAUAG